AUGAGCUUCUUUGGCUUCGAUGCUCGUCUGCCGGAGCAGCGAGAUGGCGGCACGGCAGGCUCGGGCGAGUACAGUGACAUCGACGCCAAGCUAGAAGCCAUGCGUUUGGCGUCGGGCGAGGACAUCGAGGUCUACACCUGGGGAGAAGAUGCCUACGAUCGGCUCGCAGAUGGGCUGGAAGAGUCCCUCGACGACUACAAUGACGACACGUUCGGUGUCAGCACAGUCGACAAAGACUUUGACUACUCGGGAUCGACAGCCAAGCUGGGCAGCAACAACGUGACUCAGCGAAGCUCUGCAAGCUAUCACAAGCUUCCUCCGCCCGGUCGACCCGUCCAAAAUGCCUGGUCAGCUUUCAAUGCUGAUCCUCUGCUCGGCCCGAGUGCAGCCUUGAGCAAUCGGGCAAAGUCAUCAGGUCCGAGCACACCUAUACCAUCCGCUCCUGCUCCUGCUCCCGUGUCUGCUCCUGCUGCGCCCGCUUUCAGGACACUCGAAGAGAUAGAGGCAGAAAUGCUCGCGAGACAGCGGAGUGCUGUACCUGCGCCUGCUCCCGCGCCCGUACCAGUCAAGCAACCCCUCACGCUAGCAGAGAUAGAAGCACAGAUGAUGGCCAACGCGCGACCGUCGACUCAGGAGCCGCUGGCCCAGCAGGCAGCUCUACAACAGCCCCCACCACCGACAAUACAGAUCCUCGCCCGUCCUCAGCCGCCACAGCAGUCGCCGGUUCCCUUGCCUGCCCGCACACCCAUCGCACCUGACGCUCUACCGAUGCUGCUCGACGCACAGCAAAGGCAGCACGAGCAAUUCAACCCUCCCCUGCCUGCGGGGCCGCCUGUACCCAACCUCGCUCAGCAACGUCAGCAAGAACUCCGUCGAUUGCAGGAUGCUGCCCUACAGCUCAGACGUAAUGGCGGAACAGGACCGGGUGAGCCCAAUGAGGCCCACUUUGCCGACUUGGUGACCCGUAUCGAGAUGCUUACAAAAGCAGAAGCGAAGCACCAUCGUAUCAUGCAGCGUAUCGACCUCAUGAGUCGCGAGAACGGCAUAAUGUCAAAGGGCGACAAGGACUUUAUCACUCGUAUACAAGUCUCUCAAUUGCUCAACAGUAACGGACCAGGCGGCACGCACGAUCCCUAUACCGAAGACUUUUAUUAUCACGUCCUGACCGCACUCAGAGGUCCAAAAGCACCGUCGCAAGUCGCCAACGUAUCGCUCGUCGCUCAGGCUGCAACAGUCGUGGGACGAGGAGCGGGCUCGCAAGCAGCUAGUACUAGAGAACAAAAGGCAAAGAACAAUAAGAGAGAGAGCGCGAUGCUCAAGAUGGCCCAGCAAGUUCAGAGAAUAGUCGAUCAAUCGAAGAAGAAGCCGCGUCUGACCCAAAUCUCGCUCGAUGGAGCCUUGGGCAAGAUUGCCAUCAGAGGCAAGUCUGCACCCAAGCAAAUGCUACAGGUCUCUGGAGCCAAGGCCAGCUCGGACUCCACGCCAACGCUGUCCACAGCCAACGGCGUCACAGGGAGGAAACCCAAUCUGACACGUCACGAAGCCCUGCUUGCACUCGAGAAGAUUUAUGACUCAGUGCUCGAACUCGAGCAGCUCCGUCGCGUGCAGCCUCGGCCGCUUCAGCAGGAAGGUCCGGACGAGAAUAUGACCCGCUGGGAAACGGACUAUAGCGCGUCGGUUGCUCGCAUGUGGAAGCUACUACGCGUCAAUGACCCUCUUGGCGCAAGUGCACAACAUCCCUUUGUCACCUUGCUGGGUCCGACAAAGGGCAAGCGAGUCCUUCCCAGGAUUUUGCGUCAUCUCGAUGCCCAACAGGGCUUGACGCUCGUCACUUUGCUCAUUGCGACGUUCGAAACCCUAGACGUGGUCAGAGACGCUGCCUUGGUCGACAGCAGUGGUCCAGGACGUGAGGAAGCAGAAGCCCAGACCGAGCUCUUCCUCGGCGCAGUCCUUCCUUUCGUCAUGACAGUCAUCGCAAAGGCACCCCUCCGAGUAGUAACCGGCAUGACCGGGCUUUUGCUAGAUCGCAAUGAUCUCCUCCGGCUCGCGCGCACAAAACCCGGCAUCGCUUUCCUCACUCUAUUCCUCAGUCGUGCAGAGACUCUCAAACAAUCUGUCGGCAGCGAAGAGGGCGCACCUGGCGAAGAUGAGAUCAGUCGAUGGCAAGGAUUGUACGAUACGCUCUUCGGCAGACUGCAUGGCAAUCUCGUCUCGCUCUUCCCGUCGACGCGAGCGCAGCCUUUCGGCAAACCGCUCGCCCCACCACAGAUGCUUCAGCUUAGACCCGAGAUCGACCGUGACGAUGAGCCUGUCUGGUCUUUUCUCGCGGCAUUGGCAGUAUCUGCCAGCGCUGAACAGCAGCAACUGCUCAUUAGCGAAGUGCGCGAUAAGAUCCUUGAAAACGUCGUCAGUGCGAAGAAGCAAUGGGUGCCCGACCCUAUCGGCGAGCUGCGUAUCCGCAACGUCAAUGUCCUGCUGGGCGCGCUCGGCUUAGAUGCCUCUCAGAUCAGUAUUGACUAG